GUGCUGAUUCUUAUGAGAGUUACCUUACAGUGUGGUAGAAGAAGCAUCACAGCAGGACACAGGCAGUCCAGGAGGUUUCUGGAAUGAAUUGAUGACCUCUUGCUAACACAGGUGACCACGGCGCUGAUAUGAGAAGCAUCUCAUCUGAAGAGGAGGAGGGAAUGUCCUCAAUACAACAUCUUUAAUCUAACUUGAUAUUUGUUUGGAGGAUAAAGCUUUAACAUUCUUAGCCGUAAAAGGAAUUUCUCACUAUUUUUCUCACCUUCUCCACCCAGCAUUACUAAGGAGAAAAGCUUUCCAUAGUUGCUGUUUGAUUUGGAUAAUAAUUUGGGAUCUUAGGCAAAUUAAACCAAAUGCGUUUAGUAGAACUUUGAUAAAAGCUUGGUGCAGUAAUGUCUAUUAUUGUAGCUCUAUACAGUAGGUAGAGCUUCUAAUUUUGGAUGUUAGACCUCUAUUCUUCAGUUUUACAAUAGCCUACUUAGAAUAAUUAACAGAGUGGUGGAAUGUGACAGUGAAGAAAGUGGAUAAUUCUGGCAGUGCUCCUUUUAAUUUUGUCCUAGUAUCCCUGUAUUGUUGUCUUGUCUAGUUUGGGGAGAGGAGGGAUGUGGCUAGGAAUGGAGUCUUCUGCAUCCAGGCUUUAGAGACCAGUCUUGGAGGGGUUUGGUCUUUUGCCACCACAAUAUGGCUGCAGGCAUAAAUUGUGUGUACAGAAAAUCAUUGUACUAUCGCACAGACCAGGUAAGAUUUACUUCAGAAUCAGAUAAAAUAGUAUUAAUGUAGCAAUAAUGUUCCCUUAGAAUACAAGUAAAUCUGCAUCUAUAAAAGGAAAAAUAAAUGUCUCACUAUACAGGUAGUGUUUUUUCCUUGAAUAGUCAGUGUCUAGGAAACCUUGCUAGUCAGGGUAGACAAGUCUAACAAUGCAAAUGCUGUCUGUACCAAGGAACUGAAGUGGCUUAAUCCUUUGUGCAUGUUAUAAUCCAUUUAGAGUGUAUGGUAGUAGUCAAGUUCCUCAUGAUGAAAUAAUGCUUGUUGCUGAACAUCCAGCAUUCUUUAAGUGUAUUUUCUAGGAAACACAUUCAGAAAAACAGAAUUAGCUGCCCAGUAUAAAAAGAAAAAGCAGGUGUUGUCUGUAUCUAAGUAAUUUAGAGGAGAAUAAACAACUAUAGAUAAGUUAUAGAUAAGGUACAGUUCCUUAAUGUGGUAUUCUCUGACUGGUUUUUGUUACGAAUAUGGUGAAAUGCUUGUUAAUCCUUAACUGUAUGGUAAGCCAUACAGUUUGGCAAAUAUUUGUAACAGUUAUUCUCAAGGAGAGACAAAACAAUCCUUCCCUUCUGGAGAAAGCUGUUAGUGUUUAAAACUGAGCACAGACAACAGAAAUGGAGAAAACAAGCCAAUGUCAUUGCAUGUCCAGGUAAGCAAGUGAGAACCAAACUGUCCCAGGCCUUUAAUCACUGGCUGAAUGUUCCGGAAGAUAAAAUACAGGUUAUCAUUGAAGUGACAGAGAUGUUGCACAAUGCAAGUCUACUUGUGGAUGAUAUUGAAGAUAACUCAAAGCUACGACGGGGCUUUCCAGUGGCACACAGUAUCUAUGGAAUUCCAUCUGUAAUCAACUGUGCUAAUUAUGUUUAUUUUCUUGGCUUAGAGAAGGUUUUAACCCUUGAUCAUCCAGAUGCUGUUAAAGUUUUUACCCGUCAACUUCUGGAACUCCAUAAAGGUCAAGGCUUGGAUAUUUACUGGAGGGAUACUUACACGUGUCCUACAGAGGCUGAGUAUAAAGCAAUGGUACUGCAAAAGACAGGCGGUCUCUUCGGAUUAGCUGUAGGCCUCAUGCAACUGUUCUCAAAUUAUAAAAAAGACUUAAAGCCACUUCUUAACACACUUGGUCUCUUCUUCCAAAUAAGAGAUGACUAUGCCAACUUACACUCCAAAGAAUAUAGCGAGAACAAGAGUUUUUGUGAAGACUUAACUGAGGGCAAGUUCUCAUUCCCAACCAUUCAUGCAAUUUGGUCAAGACCUGAAAGUACUCAGGUGCAAAACAUUUUACGUCAAAGGACAGAGAACAUAGAUAUAAAAAAGUACUGUGUACAUUACCUUGAAAAUGUUGGUUCCUUUGAGUACACUCGGAAUACAUUGAAAGAGCUUGAAUCUGAAGCCUAUAAACAAAUUGAAUCACUUGGGGGUAACCCUGAGCUUGUAGCACUAGUUCAACAGCUGAGCAAAAUGUUCAAAGAAACUGAAAAUUAAAAAAUUGACUUCUGGGUGUGGAUUAAAACUCUUUUGAAAAUGGCAGAAUAACCAGAUGGAGAGCUGUGAUAAUCAGUCUUAUGUAAAACUUUCUCUUGUAGCCAUGUUACAGAAAUUACUGUUAAAAAUAUCUAGUCAUUGAGUUUUGAAAUAUAUACCUUAUUAUCUCUGAAGUCUUAACUGUAACUGCUUACAGUUGGUUUUGUUAAAGCAUAUGUACUAGAACUAAAACAAGUUUUGAAUCUAAGUGUAAUAGUCUUGACAGAAUCACAGGCAUUAUUUCAUACCUAAAACUCUCACGCCCCUAACCAGGCUAUGAUAGGAUUUUGGUUGAAAUUCUGUGUUAAAUUAAAUCAGGCUGACAUGUGUAUAUUAUGCAUUUUAAACAAUGCUCUUGUAAACCAAAAUUUGUGUUUAAAAACAAGUUGGUACUUGCAACCACAAUGCACAUAAAAUGGUGUGAUAUUUUUAAGUUUGACUUGUGAAGAUCAAGUGGAUCAGUUUACUAUGUCCUAGAGUGAAUAUCCUACCAGCUUCUCUGGAUAUUUUCAGGGGAAUGUGAAUUAUGAAAGAUACCAUUUCGUAUGCAAAUAAGACAUGCUCAGUCUGAAAUUGUGACUUGAUAAAGAUUUUGCAGUACCUUAGAGAAAAGAUUUCAUCACAUCAAUGAAGUGUAAAUUUGCUGCUGAUUCCAGCUCUGCAGUGAGUAAAUUUGCUCACCUGGUUUCAGAUUUUGAAUUUGUCAAAUAUUCUGUAGCCAGAAACUUAAAUCUAUGCAUUAGAGCUCAUAUAUGUAAGUGCAAAUAGCAACAUAAUGAGCUGCUAUUAGAAAUGGAAAGGAAUUCAUACCAGGUAACUUUAGGACACCAUAACUGGUGCAGAUCUCUUUAAUCUCUGCUUAUAAUUGAGGGGCUUCUCCAAGACUUUAUUCAUAAUUCAUAUUCAUUCCUGUCCUGAAUUGCUGUCUGGAGGCAUGUUCUGUAUCUCUCCAAAGAGACAAGAGCUGUAAUUUUUUUCUUAAAACAAAGUACAGUAUCUUGUUUUACAAGCUACAAUACCACUUCAGUUUUGUUAAUUGCUUAAAUAGAGCUUUAAAAUUAUAGACAUACCAAAAUAGAACUGGGACUGAGAGCAAGAUUUAGGGGUGGGGCUGAUAAGUAGCAAAGUUCUCUGCUCAGAUAUAUAUAAGUAUAAAUAUAUAUAUAUAAAUGUUAAUAAAAUGUAAGCAGAGAUGUUUGGUUUUUUCUUGUCUAGGCUGGCUUUAAUCAGGUUCCGUUCCCUUAGUAUUCACAGGUAUAUUAAGCUUUGCCUUGGGGUAGCAAGGUAAUGGUUUGGAUCAAAGGUAGGACUGGAGCUAUAAGCUGUGCUGUUAGCUCAAGCAUACUCUGAAAUGGACAGAGAAGCUUGGCUUCUGAUGGCUAAAGGAUAGUUUUAUGCAGGUGUUAAUUUACUGCACCUGGAAAACAGGGAGAGCUAUGAUCUCAGCCCACUGAGAAAACUAACUGGAGAAGGUUGCUGUAAUGUUUUCCCUGGGCAGCCUUAAUAUCUUUCUGAAAGUGAUCAAACAUGACAAAAUUGAGGAUGACUGCUUUCAGUCUGAAAUAUUAUGUAGUUAUGGAUGAUAGCCUGUCCCUUUUACCUGCAUGCUGAGGAGAAAUCUUUGUCUGAUUGGACACUGAAUAAUAGGCUUUUCACUGAAUGGACCUGGUUGCCAGGACUGAAUAGCUUAAAUUUGGGGAAAGGUAUCUUUAAUGUUAAUAAAAGAGAAUUGUAAUUCAUUUUUCGUAAUUUGCAGUGCUUAGUAAGCCUGUAAAUUUUUAAUGUGUUAUGUGAAAAUAGUCUGCAGCAAAUUACAUUUAUUUUGUGCCAUGUCUUGGAAGUGUCUAAGCACUGUUGCAGUUAAUGUUGAAUAGGAAAAAGCACUGAAAAGAUUGUUGUCAGGAGAAUCUCCUAGUCUUACUGUGAAAUGUAUCCUUGUGCCUGUUAGGAUAUUGUAACUGCAACACAAUGCAAAGUGCACUUAGUGCAGUUUCGUUUCUGUUCUGUUGCUGGAUGUAAACAGUUCUGUAUAACCAAAGUGAAGUAGCUUUUCUUACUGUUUGUAUAAAGCUUUUCUACCAUCUGAGAUUUCUGCUAUGUCGUUGCUCCUUUUUUUCAUUCUGGCAAUUCACCCCAGUAUUUAUUCUAAUUCUAUAUCUUAUAGCAUGUGCCUUCAUUAGGAGUAGGUACAUGGAUGUUUUCCAGUUGCAGACCAUUUAAACCACAAAUAGGUAAGAAGGGAACAGUUGGUCCAGCUUUCUUUUCCCAGGUUACAAGAAGCCAUGCAGCUCUGUCUUACUUUUCUGCCUUCAAGGUGUUUGAUGUCGGUAUUCAAAGCAUAUGCUGAAGGCAUAUCUGGAAAGGCCCACAAGUAGAGCAUUGUUGCUCUUCACUUAGGUUAGGAUAAAAGGAUUGUGAGAGCUUUUCUUGAUGUAUUCAGGAGUCGGAAGAGGCUGGGAUAUUUCCCCUUCAUCUGUUAACCUGGUAGAGCAUCUUUAAGUACUAAAUGCCAGUAGCAAUGAUGUCCCUUAGUCAAGGUAGAUUUUAUAUUUGGUGCCAUAAGAUCAGUCUGUGCAUUUUCAUCAAUAUCCUCCAAUGUUAACAAUGGUUAAGUGAUGCUCCUGAGGUUAAGCAGUGUUAAGAAAAACCCUUCUUUAAAGCAGCAUGGGAGUUCUUGUGACUGCACAAUUAGUUGUGUGAGUGCCCCUCUGUUGCUAUGCCUCCCACAACACAGGGAGUAGGGAUUUUUCCUGAUCUUCAUAAAAUAUGCACUGUUGUAGUAUGGCAAUCCAAUUUGCAAGUGGAGGUGCCCACGGGGAAACAAAGGGGAUGCUGAUUUCAAUGUCAGUCCCUUUGAGCCAGAAUCAUUCCCCUUAUCUUCCUGCCAUUGCCAGCAAGUUGUACUUUGAUCAGGUUAUCGGUGCAUUUCCUGGGGAUUUAGUUCUUGCAGUUCAUAUUAAGAGAAAUGCAAAUACUUAUCAGUCUGGAGCAUUCCCCACUACCUCAGCAGUCCUCACUACCAAAAGUAGUCUGUUUUCUGAUUUUGUGCUUGCUUGGAUGUAAAUGAGUGCUGUCACCUGUCUUAGAGUAGCCAGCCAUUGGAUGGGAUAUCUGUCUUUGCUUUUUCAUAGGCUUAUGUUUAUCCUGUCAAUUAUGAUGAAAAUUGCACUAUUUCGAGACUUUCCGGAGGAGACAGCUUUCUCCUCUCCUUUUGAACUUGGGCUGUUUAGGUACCCACUCAGAGCAACUUUGUGUGUAUCAGCCAGUUGUUGAUACAAGCAACAUAGAAAUGUUAGUGUGAAAGAAACUGUUGGGUGUUCUUUAUGUUUUUGAUUUUUUUUGUGAAUUGUUUCUGCUUUUUUGUUAGUUUUGUUCAUCUGGCUACGUGUGCUAUGGAAAUUUCCUAUAUUAAUGGCCGUUUUCCUCAGUUACUGUUAAAAUGCUAGCAAGGUAUAAAAACAUGCAGUUUGUGAGGGGGUUUGCAUUUCUCAUGUAAAACUGGUUUGAACUUUAAUAUGCCUUUAUCACUGAAUUGGGCCAGGCUUUUAUUCAUGUGCCAUAUGGGCAUCUGUUGCUCUUCUUUGUCCCAUCUUCAUCAUUUUACAUUUCAGAUUUGGUAUUUACUAUGCUCUUUCUAUUAUUUGCUCAGUACUUUCACUGUAAUUCUUUCACCUAUGUUUCUAUUCUGCUCUUAAUAUCAAGCACACAGUACCAUCAAACUCGGUUUUGAUCCUGGACAAACUUAAUAGUCUGGGUCUACUUUUGAAAUGUUGAAUCUUGGCUCAUCAUUUGCCUUCACAAAGUAAUCCAAGAUUAAUCCAAGAUUUUCUGCAACCUCAAAAUGCCUGAAACUUUUUUUCCCAGGAAGCUAAAGUCUGUAACGUCUUAUAUGACCAUAAAUUAUUUUUGUCUCAUGUAGGUUGAGCUACUUUCCCUGCCCUACUUGUUUGCUUUCAAGAUCUAUUUUGCUUUGGUGUUAAUGCCUGUUAGGUCUUUUUAUGAAUGAACUUAACUCACUAACCCUGAGGGAGAGAAGUUAAUUUUUGUCCAGGUUAAUGAAUUAUCCCACUCAGCAAGAGCCUGAUGAAAGCCAGAGCUGGCAGGUGGACAAAGGCCAAGGAAAGGAUUUCAGAAUAAGAAAACUCAUUUUUGCCUCCUGAGGCUGCCUCAUGUAAUUUUGCCUUCUUUUACAGAAUUUACUCAACUUAGUUAUGAAAAUCUAAAGUAUGUGGUUAGUUUCUCUGAGCUUCCCAAAUAGACUGUGAGAGAUACUUAAGUUAAAAAUUAUUUAUUCUGAUAAUUAUUUAUGUAACUUGCAUAUAUCAUCUAAAGAUUUUAUUAAAGGUACAGAUAAAAGA